AUGCCAUCCUGCGCACUAGAGUGCAUGGCUAUUGGAAUCGAAGAUUCGCUCUGCACUUUGACCAAUACCACUUGUAUCUGCGCAGAUGCCUCGCUGCAAGCCAAUUUGACAGCUUGUGUGCAAAUGACCUGCACCGUCAAGGAUAGUCUAACUACGGCAAACACUACGAGUACCAUGUGCCAUAGCCCAAUCCGCAACAAGGCCAAUGUCAUCACCAUCACAAAUUCGGUGUUUGGGGGGUUAGCAAUUGUUGCAACCAUUAUUCGAAGUCUAGAGUUCCGCAAACAUUUUGGUCUAGAAGACAUUUUUGUGAUAUUUGGACUACUUUUUAGUUGUGGGAUGGGUAUACUGGAAUUUUUCAUGAUUGAUGCCGGUUACGGACGAGAUAUCUGGACAAUAUCUUUCUCAAAUAUUACCCUUAUCCUGAAGUACAAUUGGAUUGUCGAGAUGCUCUAUGUUGGCGCCAUUACCUCUAUCAAGAUGGCCUUCCUCAAUCUCUAUCUCAAUAUUUUCCCGAAUUUCGGCCUUCGAAAUGCGAUAUACAUCGUGAUGGGAAUAGUGGUCGCUUUUCUCUUCGCCUUUUUCUUCGGAGUUUGUUUCAACUGUUUACCUGUGUCUUACAUUUGGACCUCCUGGACAGGUGAGACCACGGGUAAUUGUCUCGAUUUCAAUAGCUUUGGGAUUGCGUGCGCAGUGAUCAAUAUCGUUCUCGAUGUGACAGUCAUGGCCUUACCUCUCCAUGAGAUCAUGAAGCUGAACCUUAGGCCAAUGAAGAAGCUUUUAGUCAUGCUUAUGUUUUGCACGGGAUUUUUCAUCACCAUUGUAAGCAUCAUUCGCCUCAAGUCAGUGGUGACAUUUGCCCAUACAACCAAUGCAACCUAUGAUUAUGUACCAGUUGCAUAUUGGUCACUCAUCGAAAGCUACACAGCAGUUAUCUGUGUCAGCAUGCCGGCAAUUCGCCGGUUGUUUAAUCGCUUCCUCUAUACCUGUUUUGGCAUUCAAAACUCGCAUCAGGUCGAAUCAGAAAUCUCUGAUGGAAAUCAGGGGCUACAGCGUCCUACCUGCCCCAAAAUUCUCUCAAUUGGGGGGAAUAUCAAGGCAUCCUCUAGUCAGGAGCCUCUAUCUCGUCAAGAUUCCGAUUUGGUGGAGCUGGUGAAUGUUGACACAUACUUGAAAAAGAAUGAGCGGAGCUCUGCGAUUUAA